CCCAAAUUUCAAAUUUCGUCGUCAUAAACCACUUCAGGACAACAGCCGUGCCGACGUAGGCCCUCUCAAGGUACACUUGCUGUAGCAUCUGCGGAAGAUAUGACCUCAAUUCUUCCACCUCAGCCAUCUACAACCCGCGCAUCACCUACAAAACUGGCAUUCGACCCCAAAAGCGGUCGUAUCGCCUAUGCGUCCAACAAAUCUGUGUUUAUACGCGACUUGGAAGACCCUUCAAAGUGUAUGCAGUAUGUCGGACAUGUACAUCCUGUCCAAGUGGCUCGCUUCAGUCCAAGUGGCUUUUACGUCGCAAGUGGUGAUGUCUCUGGGCUCGUCAAAAUCUGGGAUGCAGUCGGCGAGGAGCACAUCCUCAAAAAUGAGGUGAAACCCAUUCAACGCAUCACAGAUCUCGCUUGGGAUGGAGAUUCUGCACGCAUCAUCGCUGUGGGUGAAGGAAGGGAACGAUUCGGUCAUGCAUUUACCAUGGAUUCAGGGAAUACAGUCGGUGAGAUUACCGGCCAUUCAGGUGUCAUCAAUGCUGUGUCUAUUCGGCAACAACGUCCAUUCCGUGCAGCUACAGCAGGCGAUGAUGGUCUUGUUGUGUUUUACCAUGGUACACCUUACAAAUACAACAAGACACUGCGUCAGCAUACCAAAUUUGUGCUGGAUGUCGCCUUCUCGCCAGACGGUGCAACCCUCGUGUCUGUCGGCGCUGAUGCCAAGAUCUGCUUGUAUGAUGGCAAGACGGGCGAUGUCAUCGAUACUACUUGGUCAGAAUCGCAUACAGGCUCAAUCUUUGCCGUGUCAUGGGACCCAACCUCCACGUUUCUCUUGACGAGCAGCGCCGAUCAAUCAUGUAAGGUAUGGGAGGCCAAGACGGGGAAGCUCGUACAAUCUUGGGAUUUGAGGGAAACAGAUGCCCUCAAUCCAGCAGAUGGACAGCAGGUGGGUAAUGUUUGGACGCCGAAGCACAUUGUUUCGUUGUCACUAUCAGGGACUUUGACUUACUUGUCUAUUGACAGCGAGACACCCUUGCAACGCAUCGCUGGCCAUCAAAAGGCAAUCACAGCACUGGCCAUCUCGCCAGAUGGUGCACAGCUCUACACAGGCUCUUACGAUGCCACAAACUACAUCUGGCAACUCUCUGACGCAUCAUCAAAACGUAUCACAAAAAAUGCCCAUACCAACCAGGUUUCUGCAUUGAUCGUCUCAGAUUCGAUCGUUCUCUCGCUCGGUCUUGAUGAUUCUGUGCGUGUGCUACAGACAGCCACAGGCACCUUUUCUCGAGUCUUGUCAACGACCUCAAAGCCUAUUGGAGCGGGCCUCGUGGGCCAAGACAUGGUAAUUGCCACUUCGACUGAGCUCUACCUUGUUGGUACAGGCUCGGACAGCAAAAUUGGAUCCAUCUCAAUUGACGCCACUGCAGCAGCUGUCAGCAACCAUGGCUACGUUGCGAUUGGUGAUGAAGCAGGCAAUGUCAAACUCUACACACUUGAUGGACAAGCCUUCAAGCUUGUACAAGACCUGCAAGCCUGCUGUCGUGCAAGCAUCACAACAAUGACAUGGACGCCAUCAGCUGAUAAAGUGAUUGUCGGUGAUGCAGCGGGUAAGAUUCUUGUAUUGGAUGGCACGUCUGGUGCUGUGCUGACAUCACGCUGGUCGAACCACACAGCGCGUAUUCAAGCGCUUUCAGUCUCAAAGGAUGGCAAGAAGGUCGUUUCUGCGUCACUCGAUGCAAGUCUCUUUGUUUGGUCCCUUGAAAACUUUGUCAAGAAGAAGCAGAUUCGUCAUGCGCAUCAAGGUGGCGCGACGGGAUGUGUAUUCAAAGACGAUGCAGGCACAAUAGUCGUCAGUGUCGGUGCAGAUGGCGCCAUCAAACAAUGGCCAGACAUGACUUUCUGAAUAAAUGGGGGAGAUGCUAUGCUAAAUACGAAGAUGACGAUGUUGAUCAUGGAUCAAAAUUUGCCACGCCGACGACGCGUCUGUACGAUCCGCUCCUGUUGGCGAAUCUUGCGCUUCUGCAAGGUAUCAUCCAUAUCCUCAAACUUUGUUGGUUGUUUUGGUUUUGCUGCUUCCUGAUCGCGUGCUUUUUGUGCAGCAGCUUCUGCUUUGUCGUUGAUGCUCAUUUUCAGAUCCUUGACGCCUUGUACAGUUUCAUUGAAGUUCUUCCAGAAUCCACCCUCAAG